AUGGCCGGUCGUCGACGCCGACGUGAUGACUUUGAUGGGGGGACGCCGUUGCGGGAGCGGGCUGCGCAUUUGAGGUCACGGACGGGUCAUGACGCCGAAUUUGCGGUGGGGCGUCUUUUGCAUCCAUUUAGGGCGGAAUUUAACGAUCACUUCGAAACUUCACUGGAGGCUCUCCGCGACAUCGCCGUUGUUGUCGACCAGCUGCUGCUGCUGCUGCGACCAUCAGCUCCAGAGAACUUCGUCGUGUACGAUCCCUACUACUGCGCCGGCACCGUUGUGCGGUACUGGAACACACUGGGGGUGCAACGCGUCAUACACGCGAAUCGUGACUUUUACAAAGACAUUGCGGAGGGGGAUGAUCCGGAUGAUUACGACAUGCUCGUCACGAACCCCCCGUUCAGCGGCGAUCACAUUGAACGACUGUUUAACUAUUUGGUGGCAAGGAAGAAACCCUUUGCCUUUUUGGUGCCCGACUACACAGCCACGAAGGAUUGGUACAGGACCGCAGUGAGGCGGCAUUUCACACCUGUGCCGUCCUCUGGCAAAGGCGAUAUAAACGCGUCGCGGCACACACGACCGAAGCUUCCUGCCGCAUUACUGCAACCACCGCCCUUUCUCAAGAUGGAGCAAACAGCAAGUGCGGAGAUUGCACUUGAUGACACCAAAAACAAGAAGCAGAAGGAGGACAAUAAGUGUGACAAUGAGGAAACAAUUCCCAUAGGAACAGAGCCGUUUUAUUUAGUUCCUCGCGGCCGGUACGAUUUUAGUCAUCCGAAAGGUGUGGGAAAAGACCACUCGCACUUUCGCACCAUGUGGUUUGUAUGGACAGGGCGGCACACCACAGAGGUGUUACGUGGUACAAAGGUGGAAUUUGCCCGGAGGCAUCGUGAGGACUCGACUCAACGGCAGGUGUCACCGGAUGUCGUGCACGGGCUUGACGCACUGGCGGAGGGCCAUUACGUGCAGUCGGGAUUGCGGCUAAAUCCUCAGCGGCGGGCGAAGCAGCGAAAUGGCCGUAGAUGA